UUUUGCCAGAGAGAUGGCAGACUGGAAGACGCAGAUAAGUUACAACUACAGCCCUUCUUACCAUGCAUACGCCUACGGACUCGUGUACCCACCCGGUUCAGAGCAAAACCACGCGAACCUGACUAACUGGGGAGAAGCCGGAGUCACGGAUUUGAGCAACUACAAUGCCGGGGUGACACCGGCCUACUACGCCACCACCGCCAGAACCCGGGAAGAGUCUUCACCUCGCAGUCCGGAGCAGCAUGACCUGAACGGCCCUGGUCCCUACCAGGGCACCGGGGUCGUCUACCUCGGUGACACACAGGCAGGCCGUAUGCUCCUGGCCGGACCUCCCCGGACUGCUUACGACGAACGGUCACACGAGGCCAGACGGGCCGGGAGCGAUUCCACUAGUGACUCUGAGGCACACACCUCACCGGAUUCAUGGAGUUCUGGCAGCAGCCGAGAAGGAGUUCUCCCCCAGGCAGACCCUGCCACCUGGGUGAAGAAAGAACUCAACGAUGAGGCAAGCAGCAGGAGCCCUGAUGCCAGCAAAGAUGUUUCAAGCUCAGUCAUGGAAGAGCCAAGGACCUUUGCUGUCAAUGAGAACGAUGGCAUCAAGAAGACUACUGCUGUAAAUAACCCUAAAGUAAAGGCCCGUGCAGCCUUCUCAGAGAUUCAGAUGAAUACUCUUGUCCAGCGCUUCAGUGUUCAGAGGUACCUCACCCCUGCUGAAAUGAAGAACCUUGCAGAGCUGACAGGGCUGACCUACAAACAGGUUAAGACGUGGUUUCAGAACCGAAGGAUGAAGCUAAGGAGGCACCAGAAAGACACCAGCUGGGUGUCUGAGCGCUACAACAAAGGCAGCCCGGUUCGUGGAACCAUGUACACCAACAUUCCCUCACAUGGACAGUCUUAUCCGGGAGAAGCCCGGCCCCAGCUUAAAGAGCAAUACAACCAGCACAUGAUGGAGGCAGCCUUUAAGAAAAAUCCACAGAACAUGGCCUUCUAUCUGGCUACUAUGGGCUCUGCUGCUGGAUCUGCUGGCUACCCCUCCUGGGCACCUGGCACACCCCAGACUGCAGUGCCCUCCAGGCCCCAGGCAGCUGGUUGGUCCAUGCCCCAGGUGGCUGGCUGGUCCAGGCACUAUGAAUACAAUCCCAAUGCCUUUACCUCAGCCAGUGACUCUGCUGAAAAUGACGCUGGGCAGGACACAAGCUUUGAAGGAAAAGAUGGGGAGCAUGUCAACAGCAGCACAACAAUGGUACAUAAUGCCAGCCAGUAG